CUGCACCUUUACAACCUACCCUCACCUCUGCCCUCACUCUCACUCUCGACAUGCAAUCCGACUUCGAGCAGAUGCUGGCCCAAGCUGGUGGCCGUGGCCAAGGCGGAGAAGCGUCUGUUCCGGACAACGGGGAGACGAUCCACAUUUCCUCACUGGCACUCCUCAAGAUGCUCAAGCAUGGGCGCGCCGGUGUGCCUAUGGAAGUCAUGGGGUUGAUGCUCGGAGACUUCGUGGACGAAUACACAGUUCAGGUUAUCGAUGUCUUUGCGAUGCCUCAAUCAGGAACAUCAGUAUCGGUUGAGUCCGUAGACCAUGUCUUCCAGACCAAGAUGGUUGAUAUGUUGAAGCAAACAGGGCGGUCGGAGACGGUCGUUGGCUGGUACCACUCGCAUCCGGGCUUCGGAUGCUGGUUGUCUAGUGUCGACAUUAACACCCAACAGUCAUUCGAGCAACUAGAUCCCCGAUCGGUCGCUGUCGUCGUCGAUCCCAUUCAAUCGGUGAAGGGGAAGGUCGUGAUAGAUGCUUUCCGGCUCAUUAACCCCGCUACGGUCCUUCAAGGCCAAGAGCCCAGACAGACGACUUCGAACAUCGGGCACAUCAACAAACCAUCAAUACAAGCCCUCAUCCACGGGCUCAACCGGCACUACUACUCAAUUGCCGUUGAUUAUCGGAAGUCAGAGCUUGAGCAAUCGAUGCUCAUGAACCUUCACAAACGCAAUUGGACCGAAGGGCUGACGCUUCGUGACUUCAAGGGGCAUAAGGAGGCCAACGAGAAAUCAAUCAAGUCCAUGUUGAGCCUCUCGGCCGCAUAUAACAAGUCGGUGCAAGAGGAGUCCACUCUUACUGCAGACCAGUUGAAGACGCGGCACGUCGGCAAGCAGGAUCCGAAGCGACAUCUAGAGGAACAGGUAGAGAAGGCUAUAGGUGACCAGGUGGUUCAGAACCUCGGAACCAUGUUGCUAGCUGAGCUGUAGACGUUACCUUGGACUGAUUGAGGUAUAUUAUGCGAGUAAUCUGACACGCGUGCUCCACACCAGGCGAACCCGGAAGC